CAGCGUUGUGCAAAUACUCAUGGAAACCAACAGAUGUUAUUCGCCAAGUUGCCACAAUAAGCACUUCACUAAACGACGUCACCGUAUGGUCGGGCAGAACGGUAGCGCGGAGACAUGCUUGUCAAGUUGCGUUUCUUUAGGGUGGAAUUCGUCAUUACGUGGAACAGGUGGUAUGGAGAGGCAUGGUGUCCAAAGCUAGAUGGAGAAAAAGUCAUGGCAGUAGGAAUGAUGUGGCUAAAGUGAUGAACUUCUCGGAACUCUUGAUUUUACUCAACUUCAAACUGGAUUCAAUAAUUUGGUAAGUGAGCUGAAAUAUUAUACGAUCGAAGGGAUACUACAGUGACGAAUGUGUAGUAGUAUAGCCAAAUUUCUCCAAGAUUCGAACUGUAUUGUGAACACCUCAAUGGAAUGCCGGGAUAUACGACUUUAAGAGGAUUGCAGGGGGUCGUAUAUUUUAGUUCCACAUCAUAACGUUGAUAAGGAAGCAAACAGUGACUCUUUGUCGUGUUAAGUGAUUUUGGCAUGAAGGAAUCGUUCCUAAUACCUUUUAUAUUGAACUGAUUUUAAGACGAAAUGUGUAAUCGAAUUGCAAGUGCCUUUAGCGUUAUACACAUUUGUGUUAUAUAAUCUGUACACAAAGCGGUUUCAUUGAGCUGGAGCAUUCAUUAAUGUACAUUGGAUGCACUGGAUUUUACGAUGUAUUACAAGACGUCGAUUGAUUAAUGGAGACUGAGCUGGUUUCUACAAGGAUCUAGCGCAUGCAAACUGACUCAUCUUCUAAAUAUACUACGGACGGAUUAAACUGAAUCUGACAACCAACUGCGACGUUUUAAUUGAUCGUCACUUACGGUUGGGAUUCUCCGUGUAAUUAGCGUACACGGAGCAGUUUACUUGCCACAGCAAGACGUGAAGCAAAGAAAACCAAUAGCAAAUCCACGUUCCUCGCGGGCAAAUCAGGAACACAGUGCAUUUCCCGCAGUAUUGAUGAUUCGUGUGUGCAUAAUAAAUGAUUUCAAUGUGAACGGAAAGCGCACCUGCUGUCAAUUAGCCUCCAUUAAUUAUACAGAAUUAUGAGGCUGUGACAGUUUGUUCAUCAGGUUAACUACCGACAUGACUGUUUGGACAUAACUCUCCGCAACGUUACUCUUCCUGCUUGCACGACGCAUCAGUAUUGGCAAUGAUGAACCUUGAGAUUCCGUCCGGGUUGGGAGACAUGUUGAAGGACUUUACUGUAGCAGUUCUCCGUGAGAAGCCAAGCAACCUGAACGAAUAUGCUGUGGAAUACUUCACCCGUGCGAGAGAUAUAAGCAAACCGAAAACGGUUCCGAUGUACAUCAUCGUCGACGACGACGAAGCAGGAGAACCGGAUCUGAAGCCGAAAACUAAUAAAAACAAAUACGCCCGACGGAAUUCAGUGUCUGCUGAAAGGUAUGACCCGGAAGCGGAUGAUGAUGAGAAAGAAAAGGUCGUUUACCCUAAAUCCACAGAACAGAGAAAUCGACUUAAAGAAGACCUCGAGGGAAUCCUGAUAUUUCGUAGCUUGGAUUCCGAUCAAAUCAACAACGUCAUUGACGCCAUGUUUGAGAAGAACGUUACUGAUGGUGAGGUAGUUAUCAAACAGGGCGACGACGGUGACAACUUUUACGUCAUCGAUUCAGGAACGUAUGACGUCAUUGUGGACGUAAACGGAGACGAAAAGAAGGUGUUUGAAUUCGACAACAAAGGAAGCUUUGGAGAACUUGCCCUCAUGUACAAUAUGCCAAGGUCUGCUACCAUACGUUCCUCCGAUGAUGGCAUACUAUGGGCCAUGGACCGUUCGUCUUUUCAGCGUAUCAUUCUGAAAGCUGCGUUUAAGAAACGUAAGCAUUACGAACGGCUUCUUGAGCACGUUCCAAUGCUGCAGUCAAUUGACGAGUACGAGCGGAUGAAUCUUGCUGACGCCCUGCUCACUAAGAUCUUUGCCGACGGUGACGUCAUAAUACGCCAGGGAGAUGAGGCAGAUGGCAUGUACUUCAUUGAAGAGGGUUCUGUGCAUAUCUCCAUCAGCAAAGAGUCCGGUCAUGUGGAUCGUGUUGGAAGUCUCACUGAAGGGAAAUAUUUUGGAGAACUGGCCUUGAUUGAGAAUAAACCAAGGUCAGCUAAUGUCGUGGCCGACGGUAAGGUGAAGGCCGCGUUUUUAGAACGUGAAUCCUUUGAGAGGCUCCUUGGGCCUUGUCUGGAUAUCAUGAAGCGGAACUCGGAGAUUUAUAAGAAAUAUGCGGGGAAGAAAUGAUGAACGACAGAGAGUGGCCAUGUGGUAACUUGUAUGAAUGCUCCGAUCGAACUCUCUUUUCGGUUUGUCCCAAACGCGGAUUUCAAAGAUGCUGCAUAGUUUGUGUGGACAUGCCCGUAUUCUUCAUGUGUUCAUAUUCUACGUAAUCGACGUUUGUUAUGCUGAUUGCGCUCGGAAAGACUUCUUGUUGGAAUGGAUCAUUACGAGCUCAUGAUCACAGGUUUGUUUUUAUAUGACCAGGAUGAUGUGAUACCAUUAUGGCAUUGUAAUAAUUAAUACUUAUAGAUCUCAUAAUUACAGUGAACCCUCUCUCAUUUUAAUCGAGAUAGUUUAAUCACGUUGUGGUUCAAAGAUAACUAUAUCACCCUUACCUAGUUAUACGGAUUCCCGAUGGCCCCCAGGGCUGCGAGUUUCAGAUGUUUCCGUUAAAUUCCAAAUCGCCCGAACAGCUGAGAAUACCACAUUUAACAUGUGUUUGUUGUGUUCAAAAUAUCCAUCAUGUGCAUUUUGUUUGUUGAAAAUUGGAUCGGCAGUCAAGCAAAUAUUGACUUUAGUAUAAAUGCUAUAUGACUCGCAAAUGUACGUAUUUAAUUGUUCGGUUAUAAGUACCAAGAUAAAUACCGUAGAUGUUGGAUAAACAUGUUAUGUUAUGUUUGUUCAUUUACGUGAAAACAUCUUGAGAAGGAUUACAUUAAAGAGACACUUGUUGUUUAAUCCAUUUUAUGAAAAAUUAUUUUAAAGUGACUCUUGGUAUUUAAUCCAUUUUAUGAAGGAUCACUUUAAAGACUUGGUGAUUCUUGACAUUUCAGUCAAGUGUCACUUAAAAGCAAUCCAUCAUAAGAUGUUUUUUCUUCACGGAAAUGAACAAUUAAAACAUUGUACACUUUUCUCCAACCCUCAUAUUUUGUUAUGUGAACGUGUCUAUGUUAUGUGCAUAUUAUAUUGUUCACCUGUUGUAUCAAUCACACGUGUCGACAUGAACCACAUAUCUUUAACUAUGGUUGACCAAUAUGUCAAAUAUCAGUCGUGUUAAAUAUGCACCUGUACAUGUAUGACUGGUGGCAUUUUCCAGGAUUAAUUAUUGCCUCAAUGUUUGAUUGGAAUUUAAAACUUCUCUUAUAA